AUGCAUAUUCUGCUGGUCAACGACGACGGGCCACCCAACAAACGUCUCUCGCCCUACGUGCGCCCGCUCGUGGACGAGCUCCACGCCGUCGGUCACCAAGUCUCGGUCGCCAUCCCUGCCGCCUCGCGCUCCUGGAUCGGCAAAGCCCACCUGAUCGAAGCCUCGCUGACCGCAAGUUUCGUACACCCGGACUCCUUCCGCGACGACGGUUCCUGGGACGAGCACUACGAGCCCAGCCCGGAAUCCGCGCACCUGCUCGACUGGGUCGUGAUCCAGAACGGCACCCCGGCGAGCUGCGCCCAACUCGGCCUAUACAGUCUCUUCCCGGACCGCCCGCCCAUCGACCUGGUAAUUUCAGGCCCUAACCACGGCCGCAACGCUUCAACCAUCUACAAUCUGUCCUCGGGCACCGUCGGCGGCGCCCUCGAGGCCGUGUUCUGCGGCCAGCGUGGCAUUGCCAUCUCCUUCGGCAGCAAAGAUCCCCAGCCCGCCGACGUCAUUGCCGCGGCGUCACGGCUGGCCGUGCGCAUCGUGGACCACCUGGUGCGCAAGUGGGACGAACGCGUUGAGCUGUAUAACCUGAAUAUCCCAAUGCGCCUCGACGUCGAGACCCAGCCCGUGCAGUACACCCGCACCCUGCCGUACUACUGGUCGCGCGGCUGUCUGUAUGCCGAGGAUGGCGCCGAGCCGAACAGCGAGCUGGCGAAUGGUACAACGAACGGUGUCCACAAAGAGCAGCGGAAUGGCAGUAUGGUGAAUGGCCUCAACGGGCAUGUCGAGGUGGAGAAGCCGCGCCGCAAACAGCGCCACUUCAAGUGGUCGGCUGACUUAUCUGAUAUGAAGAAAAGGCUCCAGGAGAGCGAGGAGGGGACGGAUGCGCAUACUGUCUUGAACGGAGCGACCAGCGUGACCGCUCUCCGUGCCAACUUCUGGCACGUCCCCGGUCUGGACGGCCCGCUGCAUCUGGAUCAAUAA